GAAGUCGAUAUACUGGAAGCUAUGAAAUAUGGAAAACAAGUAUAUCAGAUCCGUUCUCCACACUGACUGAUGACGAGGUGUUUGAGUUAUUCUGUUUUCUUUGUUCUGACUCCGGUCCUCCUGACUUCACGGACACAGAGUGGCUGGAGAUGCUUAAUGAGAUACGACAGGACGUGUACGGUAAACAGAAUCCUGUAACACGUGAGGAAGCACAGCAGACUCUGGACAGACUGAAGUCACGUGAUUACCUUUGGGAAGAUCAGGACAAGAUAACGAAGGACACAAAGGAUGAGACAAUGUAUAGGAUAGCAUCAAUGGACAGUGUUAUACCAUUCUAUUACAAUAGUUAUAACACAGCCAGUGUGUACCUGAGAUCUGGGCUAUACAACAGAAAACCUGGAGAGAAGUGUGUCAUUAGUCCUGGUUGUGAUUACUUACUGAUACGCCGUCUACAGAUGAACAUACUGACUCACGUCACCAUGAAGGACAUGAAUAUAUAUGAGCUGUUAGUCCGGUUUUUAAACACACCGUACAACGAAAAAAAGGGGAAUCUAAGUGAACGGACGCAGUUAUUGAUAACCUUAAAAGAACAAGGAGAGGCUGUACAUUACAGAGGAAGAUCACAUGACAGUGUAGAUCACGUGACGUGGCUCUGGAGAUACGGUUACUGGGCGAGACCUGACAUCGUGAGAUCCUGUAUAGGUCUACAUCCACACAACGACAUUUACAUCAUCGGCAACAAAGCUUACAGAAAACCAAGCAAGUAUCAGGAAUAUCCAGAAGUCGACAGAAGUCUUCUUUACAGUUUACUGUUGUGUGACAAGUACACUGCUACUGUAAAUAGGGAGGCGUUCAAGUCAAUAUUGAUUAAGAUACGAGAACGGUAUUACCAAAGAAUAUCUCCGUCUGAUGAUGUUGAUGUGACAUCCCUUCAAGAUGAUGUUAUGGAAACACAGAAUGGUGAGUUAACGUUUAUAUCAGACGACAUCCGACAUGACGUCAUGUACGCCUUAGUUACGGAGUGUCUAGAGAAGGACAGCGAUCUGGAGUUUUUCCUGACCACGGCGUCACGUGACGUGAUUUCAGAAUACUGCCGAUCCUGGGAUUAUAAGAGAUGUGAGGGAGAGAGAUGUCUGUAUGUACCAAGCUGUCCGGUGAAGAUAUACGACCUCUUCAUACACAAACUACAGCCGGACAUCAUCUCACACUGUACCGUGUCUGACUGGGGGAUUCAUGACAGAAUCAGUGAACGUUUGAAAGUACCACGGGAAAUAUUGGAAUGGGACCAGAAAGCCAGGGAGCGGUACUUUCAGUACGCCGAGAGAGGGGGAGUACAGGAAGUCCAUCACGCCCGGGGGAUGAUUGUAGGAUGUGCUGGAGCGGGGAAAACAACACUGCUGAAUCGACUACUCAAGCGAAGUCAGAAGGAAAUAAAGAAGAUAAAAUCAACGAAAGGACUUGAGGUUCACGAGGAAAUAUUUGAAAUCCGUGAAAAGCGAGGAACAUUAAUAAAAGCUAAGAAACACAUCAAGAGAUCAAAUAAAGAUGCCCGGAAAACGUUGAGUUUCUUUGACUUUGGGGGCCAGUGUGCGUAUUACGCCUGUCACCAGAUUUACCUGACCAGGAGAGCUUUCUAUGUUGUUGUGGUGGAUGCCUCUAAACGUCUUGACCAGAAGGUGGAUAAGGAAGUGUGCGACCAGGAAGAAACUGUAUUUGUAAACUGGACUUAUAAAGAUUACUUUCUUUUUUGGAUGAAAUCCAUUCACACAUACUGUCAUGGGAAUUUAUAUAAAGACAAAGACAGUGACGUUAUUAUCAUGCUUGUUGCAACACACUGGGAAAAACGUGCUUACAAGGAUAAAGCUGAUUUCCUUGAUAGUUUGCAGAGGAUAUUGCCAGCGAAUUCUAACCUUGUCCAGUACAUCAGAAAAGACAGGUGUUUCUGUACAAAUUUAUUAAAAGACAAAAUUAAUGUCCUUGAACAAGCCAUCGUAAACAUAGCGGCAGAAAAAAAGUGGAGUGAAAAAAUUCCUUCAGAAUGGAUUUCAUCUGACACAUUUCAGAAACAGAAAUGUAGACGUGUUAUGAAUCUUGAGGAAAUAAAAAAUCUUUUUAAGCAUCUUGAAGAUGAAAAACAAGUGCAUGAUUUGGCAAAUGACAUGUUAAGAUAUUACCACGAUGCUGGAAAAGUAAUUCACUUUGAUGAAGAUUAUCUUAGGAGCUCUGUGAUAAUUGAUGUCCAAUGGUUUGUAAAUGCAUUUAAACUAAUUAUCACAGACAGGCUUCAUGUGAAGGGUAUUGUUGCUGAGAGACAAGAUUGGGAGGAAUUCUACAAAACAGGGAAUUUAAAAGAUUCCCUUCUCAGUGAUAUAUGGAAACUAGAAGAUAAAAGACUUUUGGAUACCAUUAAAGAUUCAACUUCAUCAGAAAUCGUAAACUUUGUUGAAGAUUCUCGCUUUUUAAUGCACCACAAAGAAGAAUUAUUGUUGUACUUGCAGAGAUUGGGUUUGAUUUCCAGUGAAGGUCAAUUACAUUAUGUUCCUUCAAUGAAUAAAAGGGACUUUGGAGGAAAACAAAAAGAGAUUAUCAACCGGUCAAAUUCAAAGUCAUCAGUACUUGUGUACUUGUUCGACUUUUUGCCAUAUUUUUUCUUUUAUCGUUUAGUCGUGGCAUUGAUGCAAAUCGAAAAUUGGAAAGUUCUGGAAAUUGACGGCAUCAGUUGUUUGUACAAAGAUGCCGCUAUGUUCAAUCACAAAAGUCAUAAUAUUGCCAUCAGCGUCACUCCAUCUACAAUUCAGCUUCAAAUCUUUCAUUCCCUCCCUCAGACGGCAAUGCACCAUGAAGUGACUUUAUCUAUACGAGAAAAAGUUGAAUCCAUAUUGCAGAGUAUUACCAGAUCUUUUCACAAAAGCCUUGCUUAUAAAAUGGGAUAUCUUUGCGAUGGAGAUGGAAGUCAAAUUGUAGGCAAAGAAAUUGCUCACAACUUUAUUGAGGAAGGCAUGUUGGGAAGUGGAAGCCAGAUGGCAUGCCCUAAACAUCAGGUGGAAGGGUUCCACACUAUAAACCCGGACUAUUUGCUGAAAUACUGGAAAAAAGAACGAUUUUCCAAGUUAAAACAAAUUGACGAAUCCUACAUUAUGCAUAUAUAGUUGGUUCCUAUUAAAUGACUGAUUCCACCUCCGAUGUUUUGCACGUCCGUGUUUACUUUGAAUUGUUCUAUUGACUUUUGAGCUUGACUUCUGUUCGUUAUAUCUACCCAUUUCCUUACUCUUUUGAAAUAUGCUAAUGAACUUGUUUAUUAUGUUUUGAGGGGUGCUAAUGCAACCAUCUACUCCCUAUAUUCGUAAACAUACUUGUUUUUCAGGUUUCUUGAAAAUAAUUGUAAUUUUGUUUCUCGAAAAAGCUGUUUAAGAUUCAAAAUCAAUAUUUGAAAAAAAAAACUGUUUAAAACAAAUUCUAAGGAAGGUGUGAAUAAUUCUUUUUCAAACAAAAGUGGUUCACAUGAAUUCCAUGUGAGUUCUUAAAAUGAGAAAGAAAUGAAAAACAAAAAUUUUAGUAAUAUUUGAAAACUUCAAAUGGUUUUGGAAAGACUUCCAUAUGAAUUUACAAGAAGAACAUUUUGCAAAAAAAGUCGCUCAAGAAAUCUUCAGCUGAAAUUUCUAAGGAAAUUAUUUGAAUAUUAUACCAAAGUAUUCACGUGAAAUGCACAUAAAAAAAGAAAAGAUUUAUAUUAUAUGUGGCGUCGGUAGUCCAGUGGUUAAGGUGCCGGACUCCAAACCGAAAGGUUGCGAGUUCGAAUCCUGGCCGCGACAAGCCGACGUUGUGUCCUUGGGAAAGGCACUUUACACGAAUUUCCUCACUCCACUCAAGUGUAAAACGAGUACCUAGCUAUAGACAGCAAAAGAUAUUGUCAGAAUGUUAGUGCUCUAGCGCUGAUAACGGCAGCUUGCACUGAGAAAGAUUCUGGAUUGUUAAGGUCUGCCGGGGUAAUAAUGCAUUGUAAAGCGCUUUGAGUAGCAUUUAUGCUAGAAAGGCGCUAUAUAAAUACGAUCAUU